CUGGUACACCGAUUUCCGUCUGUCUCCUGCAGACUCUAUCCAAAAAUGGCUAGCCAAUCACACACAGCUUGUCUGGCUUCCACCUCUACUAGAUCUCCUGUCUGCUGGGGUGGAGGCCAGAAUCAUGGCCUGGCCUCCACAAAAAGGCCUGCACACACCUGUGCAAUCAGCACGCUGGCUGCUCUCAAAACAUGGACCCAGGAUUGGAGAUUUCAUCCCUCCCAAAUCUCUUAGAAAUCUCCAGGCCACAGGUCCCAAAACAGGCUUUACAAACCAAAGAGGAAACUUAUAAACCAGUUUCCUCUGCAUUA